UCUCUCUCUCUCUCUCUCUCAAGGCUUCCUUUGACACUCUCUCUCUCAGAACAAUAGUUAGAUCAAAAUGAUGAUUUUUACAUGCAAGAAUCUGUUAUAAAUACUUUCUUACCAAUCUCAUUGUGAUGCGAUUUUGGUAGGGUUUUACAGAGCACAUUGAUGUUUGUUUUGAUGGCAGACCACAGUUUUGGCUGUGCAGCCUCAAACCUUCUAUGUACGGAAAACGAACAAUUGUGCUUUGAUGAUUUUGGUUCUACAGCCACAGAUGACCACAACCAUCCAACCAUUAAUCCAAAUUUGGGGUUUACCAAUGUUAGAUCAGACUCAUUGAUUGUUUUGCCGUCUCUUAAUGAAGAUAGUUUUGGUUUGAUGAUUGAGAGAGAAAAGGAGCAUUUGCCCAAAGAUGAUUACCUUAAGAGACUGAGACGUGGGGAUUUGGACUUGAGAGUGAGAAGAGAGGCACUUGAUUGGAUUUGGAAGGCUCAUGCUUAUUACGACUUUGGGGCUUUGAGUUUUUGUCUAUCAAUGAAUUACUUGGAUCGAUUCUUAUCGGUCUAUGAACUGCCUAAAGGAAAAAUUUGGACAGCACAAUUGUUAGCUGUGGCCAGUUUGUCACUAGCAACCAAAGUGGAGGAGAUAGAAGUGCCUCUCACUGUGGAUUUACAGGUGGGAGAACCCAAGUUUGUGUUUGAAGGUAAAACUAUACAAAGAAUGGAGCUUCUGGUGUUGAGCACCUUGAAGUGGAGAAUGCAAGCGUGCACUCCCUGUUCCUUCAUUGACUACUUCCUCAGAAAGAUCAAUAGUGAUGAAAUUUCUUCAGGACCUUUGCUUUCUAGAUCAAUUCAAGUCAUAUUAAGCACAAUCAAAGGUAUUGACUUCUUGGAAUUCAAGCCUUCUGAAAUUGCUGCAGCAGUGGCCAUGUCUGUUUCAGGAGAAAUACAACCCACAGACAUUGAUAAGGCAAUGCCUUGUUUCAUACAUGUAGAGAAGGCCAGAGUACUGAAGUGCCUUGAAUUGAUACAACAUUUGACAUUGAUCAGUGGGUCCACAAUUACAAAUGCGGCUAUUUCCUCUGUCCUGUCACUACCCCACAGCCCAAUUGGGGUGUUGGAGGCUGCAUGCUUGAGCUAUAAAAGUGAUGAGAGAACAGUUGGGUCAUGUCCAAAUUCUUCACAUAACAGUCCUGGCACUAAAAGGAGAAAACUAGACACACCAUCUCAAGAGUCAUGAAAUGGGAUGGUUGAAUGGGAGUUUUGGUGUGGCUUCGAAGGUGCCCCUUUACACACACAGACAACACAGAGAG